GUUUAUGGGUUUGUCAUCAUUGCCUUCUGCAGUUGAUACACUCGUUUCUUUUAUUGUUUGGCUUGAUUUAGUACACUCUUUCUCUAGUUGUGCAGAUACCUUGGUAGCAGUAUCAAGAGAGCAUUUGGAACGUCAGCUGCCAGAUCCAUCAAAGGAAUACAGAGUGAAGAGAGUUUAUAAGGCGCUUCUUAAGGAGCAUAGAAAAGAUAGAGGCAUUAUGUGUCUUGAUAAUUUUUCAGUUAUAUUUCUAUUAAAUGAAUUUUGGAACCUCUA